AUGUCGCUCCAUAGCCGCACCGCCACACUCGCCGCCACCGCAGCGCGCAGUGUCCUUCGCUCCACUGCCGGACCUCGACAAGCCAUGGUCCUGCCCCUGCCGCCCGUUGAGCGGCUGCGGCUCCUCUCGUCGUCGUCGCCGCUGCGCAACAGCCCAAAGCCAGCCACCAACACCGACCCCUCAGACAUCUCGACACCCGGCUUCCAGCCUCGCCCCUCGAGCUCCUCGUCGUCGUCCUCUUCCUCACCGCCCCCAGGCCCCGGCCUCACCCCGCGCGUCGGCACCGUCUUCAUCUCUCUCACCCUCUUUGGCGUCGUCGUCACCGCCUACGGCCUGUACGAGUACUACACCUCCUUCUCCACAUGGCCAAAGGAGCUCCGCGACGACCUCCGUGCCGCACUCAAGUCGCGCAACCGCGGCGACGCCCGCAGGGCAGAGAGCUUCUUCCGAAAAGCCCUCGACAACGCCCGCUCUCUCAAGCAGCAGGGAAAGCUCGGCACCGGCAGCGACGUCCUCAAGACGACCGGCAUCGCCAUCGCCCUCGCCUCCCUGCUCGAGGACGAGGGGCAGCUCGUGGCUGCCUACCUCGUCUACCAGGACGCCCUCGACGAGGUGCGCCAGGAGGGCGCCUUUGACCCCAUCCUCCAGGCCAGGCAGGACGGCGAGGCGGGCAAGGUGCGCAUCCGCAGCAGCAAGAAGAAGGACCGUACGCCCGAGGAGCGCAUGCGCGCCGUCGCCAUCGCCCAGCGCAUGGGCGACCUCGCACAGAUCGACGAGGUCCUCGCCGCCGUCAUCGACCUCGAAGAGGCCGCAGCCCCGGCAGGCGCGGCAGCCGGCGCCGGUGGAGCAGCGGGGCGCAGAGCACCUCCACCCAUCACUGGCACCGUCGAGAGCCCAGACCCGGCCGAGCGCAACCUCGUGUGGAGCGUCGAGGAGAUGCUGCGCCUGGCGCUGCCCGAAGAGGUGCGCCAGAAGGCACUCGACGCCGCCGCUGCGGGGUCCAAGGAGGCCACUGGCGUCGUCGAUCUCGCCGGUGGCGGCGCGGCGGGUCGGAUCAGCGACGAGGACAAGGUGCUGAUCGCCGACCUCAAGCUGCCGCCGUGGGUGACGCAGCACGAAAUUGGUGCGGCCAUGGAGGCGCUGGGCAGCUUCUAUGCGACACGAGGCAAGGCCGAGUACGCCGUGCCGCUGUACCUGCAGGCGCUGUCGAUCCUGAUGCCGCCGCCGCCCUCGUCGUCUUCUGCUGCUGGCACGAGGAAGCAGGCGACGGUGGCGGAUCGGUGCCGUGCGGCGGUGCUGAUGAACAAUCUGUCGCAGCUCUUUGUCGAGACGGGCCUCGAUGCGCGGGCCCACUCGGCGUCGGACCUGGUGCAGGCCAAGUCGUGGGCGUCCAAGGGGCUCGAGAUUAGCGACAUUACCAUCCGCAAAGCCGGCUUUGACGGGCCGCCACCGUCGAGCAGCUCGAUCAAGACGGUAGAGGAGACGAGCGAGGAGAGGACGCGGCAGGUCAGGAUGGAGUGCCUGCGCGUCCAGAUUACGCUCCUCUUCAACCUCGGCGUCAUGUCAGAGAUGACGGGCGACGUGUGCGACGCGCGAAAGUACUACCAGCGCGCGUUCCAGCAGGCGCAGGUGGCGGACCUCGAGGUGGCCAAGACCAAGGCGGCGGCGGCGCUGGCCAAGCUCGAGCGACGCUCCGGCAGCGCAAAGGCGGCGGUGGCGUGA